GGUCCUCUAGUGGCUGGGAAGUAGCCGUGACAUAGAGCUUCUGGUGUUCUCUCGAGCUGUACACGGCGGGUGGAAUAGGCUGCCUGCACUCAUAGCGGCGGGAACUGCCGUACUGCACCCAGGACUAUACCGGGGAACGAGCAGGGGCUGGUCAGCCGUGUGUGACCACCAUUCAUCAUGGCUUAUCAGCUGUAUAGGAACACCACCCUGGGCAACAGUCUACAGGAGAGCCUGGAUGAGUUAAUACAGUCUCAGCAGAUCAACCCUCAGCUAGCGCUACAAGUAUUGCUUCAGUUUGACAAGGCAAUAAAUUCAGCACUGGCACAGCGGGUCCGAAACAGAGUCAACUUUAGGGGUUCAUUAAAUACAUAUCGGUUUUGUGAUAACGUCUGGACCUUUGUUCUCAAUGAUGUAGAGUUCAGAGAAGUGACUGACUUGGUGAAGGUGGAUAAAGUAAAAAUCGUAGCUUGCGAUGGGAAAAACACUGGUUCGAACACUGCGGAGUAAGCAGAACAGGACACAAUCUGCAAUGGCUUCUGUUCAAUUACAGCCUUUCCCUGAGAGCCAUGGACAAGACUGUUUAUUUAUGUCACUGACAAGCUACCACAUCCAAACAGGAUUCCAAAUAUUUUGGUAAUCUAUUUCUCACCUCCAUUUACACAAAAGGUUGUUACGAAAGUGUUUUUUAUACAGAUGUGAAGUUGCCUUUUUGUUUUGGGAAAAUAUGUCAAAUAAACUUUUAUUUAAUAAAUGUG